CGGACAGACAAACGGCCGGCCGCUGGAGCAUCCCGCACCCAUCUGUUCUGUUUAUCCAUCUGGCCCUCGCUCCUCCCUCCUCCUGUCUCCCACUCUCGCCUCUAAUUGACGCACCGCUGCGUUCAACACUCCAGCCCACCCAGCGCUGCUGCUGAAGCCGAGGCCGAUUCCCUCUCUCUUUCCCCGGCGGAUUCUCCAUGUAUGGAUGCACCAAGCAAAGGGAUGCUGUAGGCUGACCAACGACAGAGAGAGAGACGGAAAAUACAGGCUGCUGAGGAGAUUCAAGAAGGAGGGACCGGAGGAUCUUGGCGCUGUUUUGAAUGGGCAGAGGAUUCACCCUCUGCGAUCGUCGAGUCUGAGUUGCUGAGGUCCCAGGCGUGUGUCUGUGUAGCCACACAGAUCUCCAGCUCUUCUUCUCACUCACACUCCCACCUGCAACAUGGCGGCGGCUUCAGUGAAGGUGGCGGUGAGGGUCCGACCCUUCAACUCUAGAGAGAUGGGGAAGGACAGCAAGUGCAUCAUUCAGAUGUCAGGAAACACCACAACAAUCCUGAACCCCAAACAGCCAAAAGAAAACAAGAGUUUCAACUUUGACUAUUCUUACUGGUCACACACCACGCCUGAGGACAUCAACUAUGCGUCCCAGAUACAGGUGUACAAGGACAUCGGAGAAGAGAUGCUGCUUCAUGCCUUUGAAGGCUACAACGUGUGCAUAUUUGCAUACGGCCAGACAGGAGCGGGCAAAAGCUACACCAUGAUGGGACGACAGGAGAAAGACCAGCAAGGAAUUAUCCCUCUGCUGUGUGAGGACCUUUUCACCAAGAUCAGUGACAGCAAUAAUGAAAACAGCAUGUCGUACUCUGUGGAGGUGAGUUACAUGGAGAUCUACUGUGAGCGUGUGCGUGACCUGCUGAAUCCCAAGAACAAAGGGAACCUGCGUGUCAGAGAGCAUCCUCUGAUGGGACCCUACGUUGAAGAUCUGUCCAAGCUAGCCGUCACUUCGUACAACGACAUCCAGGACCUGAUGGACUCUGGAAACAAGGCCAGGACUGUGGCUGCUACCAACAUGAAUGAGACCAGCAGCCGCUCCCACGCUGUCUUCAACAUCAUCUUCACACAGAAGAAACACGACAUGGACUCAGAAAACACAUCAGAAAAGGUCAGCAAGAUCAGUCUGGUGGACCUCGCAGGCAGCGAGAGAGCCGACUCAACUGGAGCUAAAGGAACCAGACUGAAGGAAGGAGCAAACAUUAACAAAUCUCUAACUACACUGGGGAAAGUUAUUUCUGCUCUAGCUGAAGUGGACUCAGCACCAAACAAGAACAAGAAAAAGAAGAAGGUGGAGAGUUUCAUUCCCUACAGAGAUUCAGUUCUGACUUGGCUACUUAGGGAGAACUUGGGAGGAAACUCUCGUACAGCCAUGGUGGCUGCCCUCAGCCCUGCUGAUAUUAACUAUGACGAGACCCUCAGUACCCUCCGGUAUGCUGAUCGUGCCAAACAGAUCCGCUGUAAUGCUGUGAUCAACGAGGACCCCAACAACCGUCUGGUGCGUGAGCUGAAAGAGGAGGUGGCUCGCCUCAAAGACCUGCUGUAUGCACAGGGCCUGGGAGACAUCAUAGAGACGUAUCGCUGCACCGGCCCCGUCAUCGCUGGUUUGAAAUACCUGUGCGAUUACAAGAACUUUGUGAAUAAUCGCCAGGCUGUCAAUCAAAGGGGUGAUCUCUCCACAGUGACCAAUGCCAUGACAGGAAUGAGUCCCUCCCCCUCGCUCUCGGCCCUGUCCAGUCGUGCCGGGUCCAUCAACAACCUCCAUGACCGCAUCUUCAGCCCGGCCAGUGAAGAGACCAUUGAGAGGCUCAAGGAAACCGAGAAAAUCAUCGCAGAGCUCAAUGAGACAUGGGAAGAAAAGCUACGACGUACUGAGGCCAUCCGUAUGGAUAGAGAGGCCCUGCUGGCUGAGAUGGGUGUUGCCAUGAGAGAAGAUGGAGGCACUGUGGGCGUCUUCUCCCCGAAAAAGACCCCUCAUCUGGUGAACCUGAACGAAGACCCGCUGAUGUCUGAGUGUCUGCUGUAUUACAUCAAAGAUGGCAUCACCAAGGUUGGCCGUGAAAAUGCCAAGACUCGCCAAGACAUUGUUCUCAGCGGCCAUUUUAUCAAAGAUGAACACUGCACCUUCAGCAGCACCACAGGCCCUCAGGGAGAAGGGUGUGUCAUCCUGGAGCCAUGUGAGGAGGCAGAGACGUAUGUCAACGGGAAGAGAGUGACCUCUCCCACUGUUCUGCGGUCUGGGAACCGCAUCAUCAUGGGAAAGAGCCACGUGUUUCGCUUCAAUGACCCGGAGCAGGCUCGUCUGGAGCGCGAGAGGACACCGUGCGCUGAGACGCCGGUGGAGCCCGUUGACUGGGCCUUCGCUCAGAGAGAGCUGCUGGAGAAACAAGGCAUCGACAUGAAGCAGGAGAUGGAGCAAAGGCUUCAGGAGCUUGAAGAUCAGUACCGCAAAGAAAGAGAAGAAGCCAGUAACCUCCUUGAGCAGCAGAGGCUGGACUAUGAGAGUAAACUGGAGGCUCUUCAGAAACAAGUGGACUCUCGGUACCUGGAGUCUCCCGAGGAAGAAGAGGAGCCUGAAGAGGAAGUGCCGUGGACGCCGCGUGAGACUGAGAUGGCUCUGUGGGCGUUCAGAAAGUGGCGUUUUUACCAGUUCACCUCUCUCAGGGAUCUGCUUUGGGGCAAUGCCAUCUUCCUCAAAGAGGCCAAUGCUAUCAGUGUGGAGCUGAAGAAAAAGGUGCAGUUCCAGUUCGUCCUGUUGACAGACACUCUCUACUCUCCCCUGCCCCCCGACCUGCUGCCCCCCAGUGUGGCCAAAGAGAGGGAGAGACGUCCUUUCCCCCAAACCAUCGUAGCCGUUGAAGUGCAAGAUCAAAAAAACGGGGCCACACAUUACUGGACUCUGGAGAAACUCAGGCAGAGACUGGACCUGAUGAGAGAAAUGUAUGACCGUGCUGCAGAGCUCCCCAGCAGUGCUGUGGAGGACUGUGACCACGCUCUGACCGGAGGCGACCCCUUCUACGACCGCUUCCCCUGGUUCCGUCUGGUCGGCAGGGCUUUUGUGUACCUGAGUAACCUGCUGUACCCGGUGCCCCUGGUACAUCGCGUGGCCAUCGUCAGUGAGAAAGGAGAGGUGAAAGGCUUCCUCAGAGUGGCUGUGCAGGCCAUCUCAGCUGAUGAAGAGGCCCCUGAUUAUGGCUCUGGUGUGAGGCAGUCAGGCACUGCCAAGAUCUCUUUUGAAGACAAACAGUUUGAGAAGUUUCAGACUGAGUCAUGUACUGGUGGUCUUUCCCACUCCAACACCUCCCAGGAGGAGCUGCGAAUUGUGGAGGGAGAAGGACAGAGUGCCGAGAUGGGAAUCUCUGCAGAUGAAGUCAACAACAACACCUGUCCAGCCACCCUGGAGGCUCCCCUCAGCCCAGCGAAGAGUUCAGGUCUGGGUCUGGAUCUUCCUCUGGACCUCUUCCCAGAGAAAGCUCUCUCCCACCUGAAGAUCGGCAGCACCUUCACCUUCAGAGUCACCGUCUUACAGGCCUCCAGUAUCUCAGCCGAGUACGCCGACAUCUUCUGCCAGUUCAACUUCAUCCACCGCCAUGACGAAGCUUUCUCCACUGAGCCUCUGAAGAACACGGGCCGAGGACCUCCGCUGGGCUUCUACCAUGUUCAAAAUAUCACAGUGGAGGUGACUAAGUCCUUCGUGGAGUACAUCAAGACUCAGCCCAUUGUCUUCGAGGUGUUUGGUCACUAUCAGAAACAACCCUUCCCUCCGCUCUGCAAAGACCUGAUCAGUCCACUGAGACCUUCCAGGAGGCAGUUCCCCAGGGUGAUGCCCUUAUCCAAACCAGUGCCGGCCACAAAGCUCAGCACUCUGACUCGCUCCACUGCAGGACCUUGUCACGCCAAAUACGACCUCAUGGUCUUCUUUGAGAUCUGCGAGCUGGAAGCAAACGGAGACUACAUCCCAGCUGUUGUUGACCACAGAGGUGGGAUGCCCUGCCAUGGCACGUUCCUCUUACACCAGGGCAUUCAGAGGAGGAUCACAGUUACCAUCGCUCAUGAAACAGGAAAUGAUAUUGAGUGGAAAGAGGUGAAAGAGCUCGUUAUUGGUCGUAUUCGAAACACGCCAGAGGCUGAUGAGACCAUCAUAGACCCAAACAUCCUUUCCCUCAACAUCUUGUCUUCUGGAUACUUCUGGCCAAAACACAACGACAACGUCUCCUUGGGAGUUGAUCAUAGAACUUUCUACCGAUUUGAGGCAGCAUGGGACAGCUCCAUGCACAACUCUCUGCUUCUGAACAGAGUCACUCCCUAUGGGGAGAAGAUCUACAUCACCCUCUCUGCUUAUCUAGAGAUGGAGAACUGCACUCAGCCAACAGUGAUCACCAAAGAUUUCUGCAUGGUGUUUUAUUCCCGUGAUGCGAAGCUGCCGGCCUCUCGCUCCAUCAGAAACCUCUUCAGUACCGGCUGCCUCCGGCCCUCUGAGAGUAACCGUGUCACCGGAGUCUAUGAAGUCACCCUCUGCCAUGUGGCGGACAAUGGAAGUCCAGGCAUGCAGCGUCGUCGCAGGCGUGUGCUGGACACCUCAGUGGCGUAUGUCCGAGGAGAGGAGAACCUGGCAGGAUGGAGGCCUCGCAGUGACAGCCUCAUCCUGGACCACCAGUGGGAGCUGGAGAAACUCAGCUUACUGCAGGAGGUGGAGAAGACCAGGCACUACCUGCUGCUGAGGGAGAAGCUGGAGGCGACUCUGCAGGCAGGACAGGAUGCACUCUACAAGAACAGCGACAUCAGCGAUUUCGCAAAGAGCCCCGUCCUCAGCCACAGUCCAGGCAGCAGCCCUGCCCCCGACAGCCCCAACCAGAGGCAGAGGGAGCUGGCUGCCAAGUGUCUGCGUCUGCUGAUGCACACCUUCAACAGGGAGUACAGCCAGGUGAGCAGCAGUGCCAGUGAGAGCAAGCUCUCUGAGAUGUCUGCGUCGCUAAUGAGAGACUCCUGCUCGUCUGGACUGAGCACGCUCACUCCGUCCUCUACCUGCCCCUCACUGGUCGAGGGACAUUAUGACAUUAGACACACUGAACCCAGUUCAGGAGCUUCCACACCUGAUCUGGACCCGUACAGCCCAGUGGACAGAAAGAAAGCUCUCAGAGGAUGCACCUUUGUUCCUGACAUACAGGAGAUUCGAGUCAGCCCCAUUGUGUCAAAGAAAGGCUACCUGCACUUCCUGGAGCCCCACACCAGCGGCUGGGUGAAGCGUUACGUGGUGGUGCGCAGGCCAUAUGUCUACUUGUACCGCAGCGAGAGGGACAACGUGGAGAGAGCUGUCAUCAACCUGUCGUCUGCAAAGGUGGAAUACAGUGAAGACAAACAGACCUUACUGCGGACUCCCAACACGUUUGCUGUGUGCACUGAGCAUCGUGGGAUACUGCUGCAGGCCACCAAUGACAAAGAGAUGCACGACUGGCUGUACGCUUUUAACCCUCUGUUAGCUGGAACCAUCAGGUCAAAGCUCUCCCGGAGAAAGUCAGUCCAGUCUGUCCCGUCUGCUCAGAGGAUGUGAGAGGUGAAUUGGCCUGGUGGGAAACAGCAAACAAGAAAACAAUACAAUCUAAAAGCUCUGCUCACCAUCCUGCUCUAAUGAACAUAGACCAUAUAAACAAACUCACAUACAACCAUUUAAAUAGCCUUCUAUGUGACGACUGUCCCAGUCCCAAGCAUCACUCAAUCGUUCAUCCUGAAACCUAACAAAACCAUUCUUUCUCUGUUUUUGCAGUUGCCACCUUAUAACCCUGCAUGGUGUGCUCCCUCCUGACCUUUAGAAGAAACACAAGACAAACUAACCACCCAAACCCAUUAAUAAACUUACCUCUACUGGGCAUUGGAACUAGAUUAGUUUUCAUGUAGAAAUCUGUCAUCUGUGAGGCUACCAGUUCCCUGUAGAGAGUUAGUAUGUGGUCAGUCCCUCCUUAAAUCAUAAUAACUGAAAAAGAGUUCCAGUUUUAAAUAAGCCAUUCAUGUAUUUCUAAAUAACGCCAUCAGGUGAGGGGGGAAUGAAAACAUCAAACCCGGAUGUUUCUCUGUGUAAGUGCAGGGAUGAUAGCUCCACACGCAUCCAUCAUAUACUGGACAUUACCUCAGUUUGGAUUGGCUUGGUGCUCUACAGCAUAGAGUAUUUGUUUCACUGCAGAGGUUUUAGAUAGCAAACAGAUCAGUCAUUUUAACAUUGAAGUAGCAUGAGGGAUUUGUUAGGACAAAAGGGUAAGUUGUUCCUGUGUCGUUUUUUUUUUCUUUUUUACUGGUU